GUAAAUACUACAUGUAGUAGGUGCACUGUACAAUACCUUAUGCAGCGUGCACCAGCAACGAACAUACACGCGCACCAUGACUGCAGACAUAGAUCCUGAACAUGCUGCCAAAGAUCGGAUUAUCAAGCACAUGAACAACGACCAUCACGACUCGGUAAUUCGCUAUCUCCAACAUUAUGCCCGGGUACCGUCCUGGAAGGCGUAUGAUGGCAAAGUCGUGGACAUCAGCAUGAGAGCUCUUGAGCUUUCGUGCCACGGCAAUACUGUCACACUACCGUUUGUACCUCCGAUGGAAACUUGGCGUGAAGCUCGCGAGCGUGUAGUGAUCUUCGACAAGGAGUGUGUUGAAGCACUGGGAGUCUCAGAUGUCACGGUCAAGCGAUACCUGCCGCCUACGGGAUCGUACAUGGCGCCAUUUCUGAUCAUCCUUGGCACGUUGCUAGUAUACAGCCAACGUCACUGGCAUGCGGAAGGCCAGCUAGUCGAGCGCGCCUUCGGCUCGACCUUUGCCAGGUUUUCAUACUUGAUUCAACCAUACCUAUUUGGUGGCUUGAUCUCAAUUCACGCUCUCGAGGCACUGGUGUUCGCAUACUUCAAACUGGCCAAACAUUCUGUUAACGUGAGGUCGCCGAUUUGGUGGCUGUGGACAGCAUCCGUGGUGAUUGAGGGACAGUUUGCUUACAGACGAUUCGAUGACCAUGUCCAGAUGCAGAGAAAGAAGCAAAAGCAUUAGGCUACAAUGAAUCAGGCAAAGAGGAUUGGGGAACGUCUGGGCUGUGCUGACUUAGGUGUACAAGUCGAGCUACGUGUACCUUUAAAUGGGCAUUUCGGUCUUCCGAAGUAUGUUCCAGCCCUUACAACUCAAGUGUGGCACGUCUGCAUCAAGCUGCAUUGAAUGAUCCAUUUGAAC